GCUCGCUCCGGGAGAGUUGACAAAGCCCCGCAGGGAAGGACGCCUCGCGGCGCGGCGCCCCGGGCCCCUCGCCCCGCCGCCCCGGGAUCCCGGCCCCGGCCCCCGGCCCCGCGGAGUCGCCUCCGCCGCCUGCCCGGUCCGGGACCCGGCGCCCCGAGCGCCCGAGCCCAGAACCCGACCCGGCCCGAGCCGCCCGCGCCCAGGUAGCGCCGCCCCGCCCCGAGGCCGGGCCCGGGGGCGCGGGGCGGCGGGAUGCGGCGCCCGGGGCUGCGAUGACCGCGAAGCGCACGCCGCGGGCCCGGCCCUGACCCCGCCGCCCGCCCGCCCGCUCGCCCGCUGAGCCCCCCGCCAAGGUGAGCCCCCCGCGCACGGCCGCGACCCCAGGUCCGGACAGGCCGAGAUGACGCCGAGCCCCCUGUUGCUGCUCCUGCUGCCGCCGCUGCUGCUGGGGGCCUUCCCGCCGGCCGCCGCCGCCCGAGGCCCCCCAAGGAUGGCGGACAAGGUGGUCCCACGGCAGGUGGCCCGGCUGGGCCGCACUGUGCGGCUGCAGUGCCCGGUGGAGGGGGACCCACCGCCACUGACCAUGUGGACCAAGGACGGCCGCACCAUCCACAGCGGCUGGAGCCGCUUCCGCGUGCUGCCCCAGGGGCUGAAGGUGAAGCAGGUGGAGCGGGAGGAUGCUGGCGUGUACGUGUGCAAGGCCACCAACGGCUUCGGCAGCCUGAGCGUCAACUACACCCUCGUCGUGCUGGAUGACAUUAGCCCAGGGAAGGAGAGCCUGGGGCCCAACAGCUCCUCUGGGGGUCAAGAGGACCCCGCCGGCCAGCAGUGGGCACGACCGCGCUUCACGCAGCCCUCCAAGAUGAGGCGCCGGGUGAUCGCACGGCCUGUGGGCAGCUCCGUGCGGCUCAAGUGCGUGGCCAGUGGGCACCCUCGGCCCGACAUCACGUGGAUGAAGGACGACCAGGCCUUGACGCGCCCAGAGGCCGCCGAGCCCAAGAAGAAAAAGUGGACGCUGAGCCUGAAGAACCUGCGGCCGGAGGACAGUGGCAAAUACACCUGCCGCGUGUCAAACCGCGCCGGCGCCAUCAACGCCACCUACAAGGUGGACGUGAUCCAGCGGACCCGCUCCAAGCCCGUGCUCACAGGCACACACCCCGUGAACACGACGGUGGACUUUGGGGGGACCACAUCCUUCCAGUGCAAGGUGCGCAGCGACGUGAAGCCAGUGAUCCAGUGGCUGAAGCGCGUGGAGUACGGUGCUGAGGGCCGCCACAACUCCACCAUCGAUGUGGGUGGCCAGAAGUUCGUGGUGCUGCCCACGGGCGAUGUGUGGUCACGGCCCGACGGCUCCUACCUCAAUAAGCUGCUCAUCACCCGUGCCCGCCAGGACGACGCGGGCAUGUACAUCUGCCUUGGCGCCAACACUAUGGGCUACAGCUUCCGCAGCGCCUUCCUCACCGUGCUGCCAGACCCAAAACCACCAGGGCCACCUGUGGCCUCCUCGUCCUCGGCCACUAGCCUGCCGUGGCCCGUGGUCAUCGGCAUCCCGGCCGGCGCUGUCUUCAUCCUGGGCACCGUGCUCUUGUGGCUUUGCCAGGCCAAGAAGAAGCCGUGCACCCCCGCUCCUGCCCCUCCCGUGCCUGGGCACCGCCAGCCAGGGACAGCCCGCGACCGCAGUGGAGACAAGGACCUUCCCUCGUUGGCCGCCCUCAGCGCUGGCCCUGGUGUGGGGCUGUGUGAGGAGCAUGGGUCUCCGGCAGCCCCCCAGCACUUGCUGGGCCCAGGCCCAGUUGCUGGCCCUAAGUUGUACCCCAAACUCUACACAGACAUCCACACGCACACACACACACACUCACACACACACUCACACGUGGAGGGCAAGGUCCACCAGCACAUCCACUAUCAGUGCUAGACGGCACCGCCUCUGCGGUGGGCACAGGGGGCCGGCCAGACAGGCAGACUGGGAGGAUGGAGGACGGGGCUGCAGACAAAGGCGGGAGACCCAUGGCGAGGAGGAAUGGCCAGCACCCCGGGCACUCUGUGUGUGAGGCAUAGCCCCUGGACACACACACACACAGACACACGCUGCCUGGAUGCAUGUAUGCACACACAUGCACACACACACGCUGUCUGAACACAGGCACACGCAGACAUGCUCCCUGAACUUAUAUGCACGCAUGCACAUGCACAGAUAUGCUGCCUGGACACACAGAUAAGCUGCCCAAACGCACGCACACGCACACAGACAUGCCAGAACAUACAAGGACAUGCUGCCUGAACAUACACACACAUGCACAGAUAUGCUUCCUGGACACACACACCUAUGCACAGAUAUGCUGUCUGGACACACACACACACACACACACACACACACACACACACACACACACACGCAGAUAUGCUGUCCGGACACACACACAUGCACAUGCGUGCAGAUGUGCUUUCUGGACACACGUGCAGAUAGGCUGCCUCGACACAGACAUGCACACACGUGCAGAUAUGCUGCCUGUACACAUAUGCACACACAUGCAGAUAGGCCGCCCGGACACACACACGUGAGCAAAUAUGCUGCCUGGACACACACACAGAUAAUGCUGCCUCGACAGACACACACACGUGCACAGAUAUGCUGUCUGGACACACGUGCAGAUGUGCUGUCCGGAUACACACGCACGCACACAUGCAGAUAUGCUGCCUGGACACACACUUCUGGACACACAUGCACACACAGGCGCAGAUAUGCUGUCUGGACACACACACACGCAGAUAUGCUGUCUAGUCACAGACGCACAUAUGCAGAUACGCUGUCCGGACACACGCACACGUGCGCAGAUAUGCUGCCUGGACACACACAGGCACAGAUAUGCUGCCUCGACACACAUGCACACACGGGUAGAUAUGCUGCCUGGACACACACAGAUAUGCUGUCCGGACACACACACGCACACACAUGCACAGAUAUGCUGUCCGGACACACACACACUCAUACAUAUGCAGAUAUGUUGUCUGGACACACGCACACGUGCAGAUAUGCUGUCCGGACAUACACACACACGCAGAUAUGCUGCCUGGACACACGCGGACUGUCGAGCUUUUGGGAGGGUGUGCCAUGAGGCCUGCAGUGCGUGUGCAGUGAGGCUCAUAGUUGAUGAGGGACUCUCCCUGCUCCACCGUCACUCCCUCAACCCUGCCCGCCUCUGUCCCCGCCUGGCCUUGGCGGCUAUUUUUGCCACCUGCCUUGGGUGCCCAGGAGUCCCCUACUGCUGUGGGCUGGGGCUGGGGGCACAGCAGCCCCAAGCCUGAGAGGCUGGAGCCCAUGGCAAGUGGCUCACCCCCACUGCAUUCUCCCCCUGACAGAAGGGGCCUUGGUAUUUAUAUUUAAGAAAUGAAGAUAAUAUUAAUAAUGAUGGAAGGAGGGCUGGGUUGCAGGGACUGUGGACUCUCCUGGGGCCCGGGACCUGCCUGGUCUUUCAGCCAUGGUGAUGCCCUCACCCCGUCCAGGCCAGACACCACCCCACACCCCACUGUCGUGGUGGCCCCGGAUCUCUGUAAUUUUAUGUAGAGUUUGAGCUGAAGCCCCGUAUAUUUAAUUUAUUUUGUUAAACAUGAAAGUGCAUCCUUUCCCUCCA